AGAAGACCAAACACAUUGCACACAAGAACUCAUCAGUGUCUUUCAAACACUUCUAAGCGAGAGUCAACCUUUCAGUGUCCAGUAUUCGAGCAUGGCCCGAGAGAAGAAGCUAGUGGACGAGGUGUCAGGUUGGCUCAGAAUCUAUGAUGACGGUUCAGUAGACCGUACAUGGACCGGGCCUCCUGAGGUCAAGUUCUUGGUCGACCUUGCGCCUCCCCACGAACAAUUCAUCGAUGGUGUUGUCGUCCGUGAUGUGAUCACCACCACCCGCGACGGUUCCGACAACCGAGCCCGAUUGUAUAUGCCAGAGAAAACACCGGAUGAUAAACACAAGCUACCCAUACUCCUCCACUUUCACGGAGGCGGAUUCUGCAUUAGUGAACCGGACUGUUUCAUGUACUACCAAAUCUACACCCGAUUCGUCCGGUCAACCCGGUCCAUCUGUGUCUCCCCAUUCCUUCGUCGUGCCCCAGAGAACCGCCUCCCUGCCGCGGUUGAUGAUGCGUUUGCAACACUUCAGUGGCUCCAAUCUGUCGCCAGAGGUGAGUCACGUGAGUCGUGGCUCGAGGAGCAUGGGGACUUCGGCCGGGUUUUUCUCAUAGGUGACAGCUCCGGAGGGAACCUCGUCCAUGAAGUGGCCGCGAGGGCCGGUUCUGUGGACCUGAGCCCGGUCCGGCUGGUGGGAGGAAUUCCCAUUCAUCCCGGUUUUGUUCGGUCGAACCGGAGCCGGUCUGAGUUGGAAAUGCCGCAAUCACCGUUUCUGACAUUGGACAUGCUGGACAAGUUCUUGAGCUUGGCACUACCGUUAGGGAGCAACAAGGACCACCCCAUUACAUGCCCCAUGGGUGCGGCGGCGCCACCGCUGGAGGGGCUGAAACUGCCACCGUUUCUGCUGUGCUUGGCAGAAAUGGAGUUGGUGUGGGACACGGAGAUGGAGUACUAUGAGGCAAUGAAAAAGGCUAAUAAAGAUGUGGAGCUGUAUGUGAGCAAGGGAGUGACACACAGUUUCUAUCUGAACAAAAUUGCUGUGGAUGCGGACCCCAUUACUGGUGCCCAAACGGAUGCUCUCAUUGCAAGGGUCACAGAGUUCAUCGACAAGCACUAAGUCUUUGGUGUGAAUGCUGUGUGUUUUUGUUUGUUUGUCUGGGUAGAAGUUGUUAUGGUGUACAAUAAAUUAAAUUCACACCCUAAACUCAUAGAAAUAAAGAGAAAAAAAAAACGGAUGAGUGGUGUGAUAAAAAAAAGAUUAAAAGAAAAAUUAAAAAAAAGUGAGAAAUGAAAGAAGAGUUGUAAUUCAUUCACAAUCCAUUUAUCUUUCAUUUAAAUUUUACCAUUUUUUUUUCAUAUUUGUAUGUUCUUUUCCUAUUACAUGGUGGAUUAUAUAUCUUUUAUCGA